ACAGUAUUCACAGAGGAUGGAGCAGGGGCUCCCGCGCACCCAGACUUCUCCUGUGCACAGGCAGAUAUCUCCCGCAGAGGACAAGGGUGGGCCGCGAGCCCCCUGGCCACCUGCACCUUUGAGGUGUUGCGCACAGCUCCCCACCUGCCGGAGCUGCUCUCUCCAGUCCCCGACCUGAGCGAGGGACAGGCUCUUAGGAUUCACGCGGGGACAUCCGGACACACACGGGCUACUCUCCGGGGACCAUUCACGACCCCCCCCCCAUCCCGGCCUGUCUCCGCCCGGAACUGGCCACAGUUUGCUCUGCUUUCAGCACCAAACCUCGCUGAAGAAGUUUAUACAAGGAAGAAACCUAAGCGUCGCCGCCUCCCCUUUCCCUCCUAGGGCGCCUGAGAAAGACGAGAGGCUCUAGGGCUCUGCAAACCGACCUCCCGCGCCCACGCCCCCCAAGGCCCCAGCCACCUCCCCGCAGCCGCGCCCGUCUAGCUUGGCCUCAGAGCCCCCCACAUAGCGGAGCCCCAGGCACCAGCUUUCCCAUGCGCGCCCCUUCCCUUCCGGUCCCGUCUGGUCCCUGUCCACCCCCCAGGCUGGCGGGGAGAGCAGCUGCACUGGCCGAGCCUUCCCUAGGUCUCCGCCGCCUGACACCCAAUCAGAGAAACCGAUCCGGCCGGGCGGAGCGCCAGUGGCCGGCCCAGAAUAGUGCUUGCCCGGCGCCCUCACGCACUUGCUUGCGGCGUGGAGGCUGGCUGCUUGGAGCCGAGCUGGAGCGCGCUCUGCGCAGGACGCAGUCCUCAGGCAGCCUUGGGGGACCUGAACAGCAAGAGAUGAGCUUUCUAGAGCAAGGUGAUGGCCUCUUGUGGCCGGCACCAGUCGUGAGCACCAGCUCAGAAAGAAUUUGUGGGAAACCGGGAGCCAAAAGCUCACCGAGGACGAAGCAGGAGGCUGCAGAGGAGGGGGAGCCCCCAGGUCUGGGGGAAGGUGCCCAGUGCAGGCCAGCUGCUGAAUCCACCGGGCUAGAGGCCACAUUCCCCAAGGCCACAUCCUUGGCCCAAGCUGUUCCCUUGGUCCGGGCAGGAACCCCACCCACAGGGUGGGACCUCCUCCCUGCUGACUGUGCCAUCUCUGGCAAGGGCUCCAGCACAGAUGAUCUGGAGCUCCCCAUGGAGUUCCCAGCCCCAGAAGCCUGGGACUGGGAACUCAAAGAUCUGGAGGAAGACAGAACUGCCCGGAGUCCGUCCCCACAGGUCCCUUUACUCAGCCUGGGCUGGGAUGAUGAGUUGCAGAAACCAGGGGCACAGAUCUACAUGCACUUCAUGCAGGAGCACACCUGCUAUGAUGCCAUGGCGACCAGCUCCAAGCUGGUCAUCUUCGACACCACGCUGGAGGUGAGAGCCUCCAUUCUAACAGCACUACAGCCACCACACAUGUUUCCAGGAUGCCUACCAGGCCAUGUGCCCCUGCAGGACCCCUUCCAAGAUUCCUCCUUAGCACCAUGGAGACCAGUGAUCAAGAAGGCCUUCUUCGCCCUGGUGGCCAAUGGCGUUCGGGCAGCCCCUCUGUGGGACAGCAAGAAGCAGAGUUUCGUGGGGAUGCUCACCAUCACAGACUUCAUCGUGGUGCUGCACCGAUACUACAGAUCCCCCCUGGUCCAGAUCUAUGAGAUUGAACAACAUAAGAUAGAGACCUGGAGGGAGAUCUACCUUCAAGGCUGCUUCAAGCCUCUGGUCUCCAUCUCUCCGAAUGACAGCCUGUUCGAAGCUGUCUAUGCUCUCAUCAAGAACCGCAUCCAUCGUCUGCCAGUCCUGGACCCGGUGUCAGGCACGGUGCUCUACAUCCUCACACACAAGCGGCUGCUCAAAUUCCUGCACAUCUUUGGGGCCCUACUGCCCCGGCCCUCCUUCCUCUACCGCACUAUCCAAGAUCUGGGCAUCGGCACAUUCCGAGAUUUGGCCGUGGUGCUGGAGACUGCACCCAUCCUGACUGCGCUGGACAUCUUUGUGGACCGUCGAGUGUCAGCGCUGCCUGUAGUCAAUGAAUCUGGUCAGGUCGUGGGCCUCUAUUCCCGCUUCGAUGUGAUUCACCUGGCUGCCCAGCAAACCUACAACCACCUAGACAUGAGUGUAGGAGAAGCCCUGAGGCAAAGAACGCUGUGCCUCGAAGGAGUCCUUUCAUGCCAGCCCCAUGAGACCCUGGGGGAAGUGAUCGACAGGAUUGCUCGGGAGCAGGUGCACCGGCUGGUGUUAGUGGAUGAAACCCAACAUCUUCUGGGCGUGGUCUCCCUCUCGGACAUCCUUCAGGCUCUGGUGCUCAGCCCUGCUGGCAUCGAUGCCCUUGGUGCCUGAGAAUGCCCAAGUCCUCCCUCCCUGAACCUCUUCACACCUGGAAGUGAAUGCAGGGAGCUGGGGGACUCAGCCUUCAUCUUCCCUCACCCCUGUUUGUGAGUUCAGCUCCGGUUCAGGCUUUUCCCGCCCUUCCAGUCACUCUUGUCCAGACUUUGCCCCCAGAAGCCCUCGGACAUGCCCGUUGCAUUAUGGGGUGAUGACAUUAAGGACAGUGGCUGAGUCAAGCUUGGAGGUGCCUGACCCAGAGGCACUGGGGUUCCCCAGUCUGCCCGUGCUCCACGUCCACUUGUAUCUUCUCCUGCCAACCUGGGCUGAGACUGGCCGCUGGGGUGCAGCGAGCCUGAAGCCCGUGGGUACAGUCAUGGGCUCCUGAUCUCUCUGCUUCUCUGUUCAGCUCUCCCCCAGCUCUGGGAGUCCCAGCUGUUCCUCCCCCAUGGGAACCAUCAUAGUGGCACUGCCCUCCCACUCUCCUAGCAUGGUCACUUCAGGAGUUCCAGGGGUCACUAUUUCCAGAGCUGCCUGCUGGAGUAGGAACCUCUCUCCGUCAUUGUCCAACCCCCGUAGCUCUUGCCAGUGAACAGUGUUCUUUGUUCCCAGUCAAUCCCCGAGAAUGAGCAGUCAACAGAACAAAAGCAAAAAGAAUGCAUCGUGAACUUGGAUUUGACUUCACUCAAAACGCUAAACAUGUAACCUGGACCCAUAGUAAAGAUCCCUAUGCUUCUGAAUUCAAAGACAUGAAGCAGAACCUGGAGUUGGAAAAACAGCAAGUGGUUUUUCUUUAGCAAAUAGAACAUUAUUUCACUGACUUUUAAAAUCUUUUAUUUAAAACAAAACCAUCAAGAAAAUAUUUAUUGGUGCUGGAGAUUUAGCUCAGUGGCAUAAGCACCUGCCUGGCAAGCAGGUCGUGAGUUCAAUCCCCGAUACCAAAAAAAAAAAAAAAAAAUUAUUAACUAAUUACUAAUAUCAUACACAAAACCCAGUCUAUGAACUUCAACCUGCACUAAAAUAUUAUUUGUCUAACACUGAAUGAAAUUUCUGCUGUGAAUCGCAUUGCCUCACAUGGUACAAAUUAACCUCAGUCCAUCGGGGGUCUGUUUCCAUCUGUACCCGAGGCUGUUUGCAGGGGAGGCUUUAAGUAACCUGCAGCUCUGUCCCUCUGUCCUCAGCACCCACCCCUGUCAGCACCUGCUAAUAACUCCCCAUCUCAUCAGGUUGUCAGGCGGUGGACACCUCGCUCACUCCCAGAGCUGCCUCUUUGGUCCUGCCUUGCUUGGAGUGGGUCCUGCACCCUGCUGGGCUUCAGAACACUCCAUCAGGCUGUUCCAAUGGGCAGCAUAUUUUACUCCAUGCCACACUGCUUUCCCAGGCUUUAGCCAGGAACCUGGGGCUCAAGGCUCUUCCACCCGUGACACUCCAAGCCUGUAUGAGGGAUUUGUUGUGCAGACCCCUGCCCUUCAGGCUGGGCUACCUUCACAGGGGCCCAGCAGUGUCUAUGGAAGUGUCUCUUUGUUCCUCCACCUAACCCAGCCCAUGAAAUCUCUACUAGAGGGGACAAGGGCCCUUUGUUCUCUGUCCCUGAUGUAUUCCUCCAAGCCUACCAUGUGUCUUGAGCAUGUGCCACCCCACUUAAGGAUCAGGCUUUUGAGAUUCCAAAGCCAAGACUCGGCUUCUGCCCUCCCCCACUCUGGCAAUGCCCUCCCCUGCCCUGGGCAAUCGGCACUGCAGGCCCAGCUGUCCGGUGUGGGUUACUAAUUCUAAAAUGUGAUCCUGGCCCCAUUACCUCGCUAAGCUUCAGAGUCAGACACUCGUGUUUGACGGUCGGGCAGUACACGAAGGUAUUUUCUCACCAGCCACUUUGCCAAAAUCCAAGGGUCAGUGCUGGCUCUGCCCUGACCUACCCAGGAAGGUGCCAUCUUUGGGGCUCAAGUGGGAGGAUGAGAAGGGAUGAUCACUGGGUUUGGGCCAAGGAAAAUCUCUCGAGGGAGCCUGAGACAGGCCGGCUCUGAUGAUAGCUGCCUUUGAACAAAUGUAACAGGUCACCCCCUUGACUCUGUGCCACUGGGGAGAGACCUGAGUGGUAACAGAAAGGCUAAAUACAGCACCUGUGUCUCCUUGAAUCUUCCUGAAAGCACACAAAUCUGUAUGUGUCUGGGCUCACUGUCUCAAGAACCCAGCAGACCUCCCCCUGGGGCCUGUCUGUGGGGGGCCAGCCCACCCCACACCUCAGAUCCCAUCCAGCCCAACCCUUCGUGGAUGCUGGGAAGGGAACCUUAGCAUGAGCUGUGGCUGCUUCCACUCUAGAGCAGAAUAGACAAAGUGUGCUUGUGUAUGGCCUGCUCCCUGCAUGUGAACCUGGGGCUGGGUGACUCCAACACCUCCUCAGCCCCUGAAGGCCUCCCUGAGUUUCUGUGGCCUCCAGGAUGGACUCCUGAGCCUCCUGUGCUUUCUUGUCUGCUCAUAACCUUCUCAGUGAUCCAGGAUGACCAAGGAAGCCUUGUAAAAAGUGCAGAACUCCAGCUCAUUCGCAGAGAUGCUCAUUUCCCGAUUCUGGGGUAGAAUCUGGACAACUGUUUUUAUUUUCUAUAAAAACUAGGUAUUUAUGAUGAGCAUGGGCUGUGCUAGGAUGUUGGGAUGGGUGAUUUGUCUUCAUAGUAAAAUCGUUUGUCACAUAA